UAAUUAUCUACGGGAGUAUUUUGCUAUAUUUCACUUUCAAUUUGUUUGAAAAUGUACAGUGAGUGAUCAUGUCAAAUAUUACAUUUAAAUCAAUAAAUAGUCUAUAUGUAUCUUUUCCACAAUGAACAUGUAGAUGAAUGUUAUAAAAGACUCCUCUCCACCAGACUACUUCCACCAUGUUAACAUGCUGAACUAUAAACAUGGUAAAUAUUCAGCAUGUUAUGAGGGCUGAGCAGUGGGGGGAGCGUGUGUGUGUGUGUGUGUGUCCGCCUCCUCUGUCCUGAAAUUCUCCGUCAAGCCCUCUGGCUGUGUGUGUGUGUGUGUGUGGACUACUGUCCCAACAUGCACUGACGGCUGCGGGAUGGCCGGGAGCUUCUUCAAACGACGCUUUCUCUCCUUAUUCGACUAUAAAACGGAAAAAUACAUCGUCGCCAAAAAUAAGAAAGUUGGAGUUUUGUACAGACUUAUUCAGUUAUCUAUCAUCGGAUACAUUAUAGGGUGGGUUUUUGUAACCAAGAAAGGCUACCAGGAGACAGACGAGGCCAUCCAGAGCUCUGUUAUCACUAAACUGAAGGGAGUCUCGGUGACAAACACCACUGAGUCUGGUCUGCUGGUGUGGGGACCGGAGGACUACGUCAUCCCACCACAGGGUGAAGCUGUUCUGUUUGUUGUAACCAAUUUCUUAGAGACGCCGAAGCAAAAGCUGGGACACUGUGCUGAGAGCCACAGAGUGUUGGAUGGUCACUGUCAAAAUGACGAAGACUGUGAAGAGGGGAAGAUGGUAGUGGCUGGUAACGGAAUUAAGAGUGGCCGAUGCUUAAGACAAGAUGAAAACUCCACUGGUACCUGUGAAAUCUACGGCUGGUGUCCCAUUGAAAGAAAAUUCAAACCACAAGGGCCUCUGCUGAAAAACGCUGAGAACUUCACCAUCUACAUCAAGAAUUUCAUCCAAUUUUCCAAAUUCACAUUUUCAAAGUGCAACGUUCUGGAAACGACUGAUGCCUCUUAUUUGAGGAGAUGCCGAUUUGACGAGGAGCUCCACCCCUACUGCCCCAUCUUUCGCCUGGGUGACAUCACCAGACGAGCCGGAUACAACUUCCAGGACUUGGCCACAUCUGGUGGCUCCAUCGGCAUUAUGAUAGAGUGGGACUGUGACCUUGACAAAGGUUACUCUAACUGCCAUCCAGUGUACCACUUUACUCGUCUGGACAUCAACGUCUCCAACAAGACCAUCGCAACAGGAUUUAACUUCAGACACAGUCGGUAUUUCAAAAACGCUGCUGGUGAGAGUUAUCGAUCUCUAUUCAAAGUCUAUGGCAUCCGAUUUAACAUCAUGGUGCAUGGAAAGGCCGGGAUGUUCAGCAUCAUCCCAACAGCCAUCAAUGUUGGAUCAGGGUUGGCUUUGAUGGGUGCUGGAGUUUUCUUCUGUGACCUGGUCCUUCUCUACCUAAUGAAGAAGGGCGACUCCUAUCGAGAGAGGAAGUUUGAAGAAUACAAAAGUAAGAAAUCAACAACUGAAGACAACAAUGUGGAAGACAGAAAGGGCGUCGCGGACAGGAUAAUCUGACGUUUUUUCACUGCGUUAUUUUAUAACAGGCCCUUGUUGGUUAUAUAGUCUAACAAUAAAUCUAUUAUUAGAAAAAUGACAUACAGCAAUACAAUAUAACUCAUACUGUACUGAUGUGGUGCUCUUGCUAGAUGAAGAUGUAUUUAUUUGAGUUUAAAGAUGCUACUAUAUUUUGCCUUUGUAACAACUCCAUUUUAAUAAAACAUGAAUUAAAAACAA